UUAAUCACAAUGCCUGAACCACAAGCAAAGUCUGCGCCCAAGAAGGGCUCCAAGAAAGCCGUCACCAAGGCUGCCGGCAAGGGCAAAGGAAAGAGGAGAAAGGCCAGGAAGGAGAGCUAUGCCAUCUACGUGUACAAGGUGCUGAAGCAGGUCCACCCCGACACCGGCAUCUCGUCCAAGGCCAUGAGCAUCAUGAACUCCUUCGUCAACGACAUCUUCGAGCGCAUCGCGACUGAGGCUUCUCGUCUGGCUCACUACAACAAGAGAUCCACCAUCUCUUCCAGGGAGAUCCAGACUGCCGUGCGUCUCCUGCUGCCCGGUGAGCUGGCUAAGCACGCUGUGUCUGAAGGCACUAAGGCUGUCACCAAGUACACCAGCUCCAAGUAAAUUGUGCUCUCAA